AUGUCCCAAUCCCUCCGCCCGUACCUGCAGUGCGUGCGCACUUCGCUCACAGCCGCCAUCUCACUCUCCAACUUCGCCUCGCAAGCCUCGGAACGACACAAUGUCCCCGAGAUCGAAGCCGCGUCGUCUCCCGAAGUGAUCCUGAACCCACUCACCGUGUCGCGCAACGAGAACGAGAGGGUCCUGAUCGAGCCCAGCAUCAACAGCGUGCGCAUCAGCAUCAAGAUCAAGCAGGCCGACGAGAUUGAGCACAUCCUGGUUCACAAGUUCACACGGUUCCUGCAGCAAAGAGCGGAGAGCUUCGUCAUCCUCAGGAGGAAACCGAUCAAGGGAUACGACAUCUCGUUUCUGAUCACCAACUUCCACACCGAGGAGAUGCUCAAGCACAAGCUGGUCGACUUUAUCAUUCAGUUCAUGGAGGAGGUGGACAAGGAGAUCUCCGAGAUGAAGCUCUUUUUGAACGCGCGAGCACGUUUCGUGGCCGAGUCCUUCCUUACCCCCUUUGAUUAA